CAUAACACAAAGAAGAAACACAAAGUGAGAGAACUCUCUAAACAGUCCCGAAGGUUUCAAAAGGGUAUUUUAGUAAAACCAAAGAAAAAGAGAAUCAUGGACGCUUUUGAUGCGAUUCCAGAUCCUGUGGUCAUCGACAUUUUGAACAAAGUCGGUGACGUCAAAACGUUAAUACGAUGUCGUUCCGUUUCCAAACGAUUCAACUCGUUAGCCACUCAGUCUGACUCGCUCCUUCUUCAACUCGAUCAGAUCCUCGGAGCCACCGAAUCUGACUCCGAGAUUGAUUCUCCGAUCGCUAGCUUCUUCCGAUCUCUGUUCAAAUCCAUUCACGGUCUCCUUCCUAUAUUCUCCAAACCAGCUAACACUGACGAAAUCCUAACUCGAUCUCCGAAAACUCCGGCUCAGAUUCUCGCCGGAUUUGAACGGAUCCGGAAUCUGGAGGUGGAGUUAUACGGCGGCGAUGUUAAGCUCGAGAAAGGCGCCGCCGUUAAGUGGAAGGCUGAGUUCGGAAAAACUCUCAAAAGCUGCGUCAUCGUUGCUUUCCGUUCCGCGACGGUUAAUACUUCAGCAGUGACGGAAUCUACCGCCGUCGUCGACGGUGGUGUGGAGUCUGAUUCGGAGUUCGUUUGUGGAUUGAAGACGCGCGUGGUGUGGACGAUCAGCGCGUUGAUGGCGGCUUCGACGCGUCAUUACUUGAUGAGAGAUUUGGUGAAAGAUCACAAAGAGAUGGAGAAACUGAUUGUGCGUGACAGAGAAGGUGAAGGUACGGUGGUGAUGGACGCGGCAGGGAUGAAAGAAUACAGAGAGACGGAGGCGCGUGGAGAUGAUAAAACAUUAGAGCGCGUGGGCGAACGCACUGUGGUUCCUAGCGUGAGGAUGAGUAUGAGACACGCGCCGUCGCUGAUGCUGAAGAGCGGGAUUUGUCUUGAAGCCGCGACGCUUGUUGUCGUAAGGCCGACUGGUUUGGCUUCCGAUGAUAACGAUGUUGAGCUGGUGACUGAGGCGUUCGCCGGAGAUGGCGGUGAUUGUAUGUACGGAGAAGCUGUUACGGCGUUGCUCAAGCGUAGGAGAAAUGUGUUAGAGAUGAAUUCUUUCUAAGGCCUAAUGGGCUUUUUUUGGGCUUUUGUUUGUUCGGCCCUUUUCUUAUGUAUAUACAUACGCAUCGUACAAAGCCGACUGUACUAUCGGCGUACGACUUUUGGGUCAAAUGACAUCAAAUCCGAAUUAUUCCUCUAAUAUCAUAUGAUUACUACAUUAAAUGCGUUGCAGCUUC